AUGGUUCUCAAGUCCACAUCAGCAGGGAACGUCUCCAUUUAUCAAGUUUCCGGGUCUAACGUCUCACGGUCUUUGCCCGACUGGAUAGCGAAGAAGAGAAAGAAGGCACUUAAACAGGAUAUCGACUACUCGAACCGCAUAGAGUUGAUCCAAGAUUUCGAAUUCAGUGAAGCCUCAAACAAAAUCAAAGUGUCACCCGAUGGGCAAUACUGUAUGGCCACAGGGACGUAUAAACCACAGAUCCACGUUUACGACUUUGCCAAUUUGUCGUUGAAAUUUGAGCGUCACACCGAUUGCGAAAAUGUCGAUUUUGUCAUCUUGAGUCAGGACUGGACCAAGUCGGUCCAUUUGCAGGUCGACCGAAGUAUUGAGUUCCAAACCAAGGGAGGCAUUUACUACAGAACCCGGAUUCCAAAGUUCGGAAGGAGUCUAUGUUACAACGAAGUGAAUUGCGACUUGCUCGUGGGAGCCCUGGGGAAUGAAUUGUACCGAUUGAACUUGGAGCAAGGGAGGUUCCUUAACCCACUAAUGUUGGACACCGAGGAAGGAGUAAACUCGGUAGCGAUCAACAAGGUGCACGGGUUGAUUUCCGCGGGGUUGGAAGAUGGAACUGUGGAGUUGUGGGACCCAAGGUCGAAAUCAAGGGCAGGCAAGCUAUGGAUAAAUGAACAGUUGGGGGAAAUCGGCGCCGGUGUGCAGGUGUCCUCGGUGAGUUUCCGCCAGGAUGGAUUGAAUUUUGCAUGUGGCACGUCCAAUGGUAAGACCUUGCUAUAUGAUUUGCGUACCAACCAGCCCUCAUUGGUCAAGGAUCAAGGAUACGGGUACGGCAUCAAAAACAUUGCGUGGUUGGAAAACAGUCUCCAGCCCGACACAAUUCUCACCAGCGAUAAACGUAUAGCCAAGGUCUGGGACAGAAACACGGGAAAGCCCUUUGCAUCGAUGGAACCAAACGUAGAUAUCAAUGACGUUUGCCAUGUUCAAAGCUCCGGUAUGUUUUUCAUGGCCAACGAAGGUAUGCCAAUGCACACAUACUACAUUCCGAACCUUGGCCCAGCUCCAUCUUGGUGUUCAUUCUUGGAUAAUGUCACGGAAGAGUUGGAGGAACGACCAUCCGACACCAUCUACUCAAACUAUAGGUUCAUCACCAGAGACGAUGUUAAGAAAUUGAACUUGUCCCAUCUCAUUGGUUCCAAAGUGUUGCGUUCCUACAUGCAUGGUUUCUUUAUCGACAUGGAGUUGUAUGAAAAAGUCAACCUUAUCGCCAAUCCCAACUCCUUGCGCGAUCAAAGAGAACGAGACAUCCGGAAGCGGAUCGAGAAAGAGAGGGAAUCGAGAAUUAGAAGCACGGGGGCUGUCACCAAUACCAAAAUCAAAGUCAACAAGACCUUGGCUUCUAAAUUGCAGGAGAAAGUUGGCGGUGAUGUUGCCGAGAAUGUUAUAAAUGACGAUAGGUUCAAGGAAAUGUUUGAAAACCCCGACUUCCAAGUCGAUGAAGAGUCGCACGAGUACAAACAGUUGAACCCGGUAAAGUCCCAAGAAAAGGACAUUACAAGAUCGCGAGCAUUGACGGCAGCAGAGGAGUCGGAUGAGGAGAUUUACAACGGAAAUGAACGAAGAUCUGGCUCUCAGGAAGAGGCAAGUGACAGUGACAGUGAUGGUGAAAACCAAAGUGAAAGUGAGGAUGAAGAAGUCACCAAAGCCAACAAGGCGAAAGUCGACAAGCAACUUGCUAAAUUGCGCCAAAAGCGAGAAGAGGAAAAGAGGUUCCAAAAUGAAAUGAAGGCCUUAGCCAAGGAGAAUCCUAAACAGUCUUUGAAAUCAAGCGAUUCAUUUGGAUCCAAACUCAAGAGCUUGAACAAAGUCGCCAAGCCGAGGAACGACAACUCUAGAUUGCAGAGACAUGCUCGCGGUGAAGCUGAACUCACUUUUGUCCCCAGAAAGAAGGAGAAGAAGUACAAGCCCAGAGGCGAUGAAACCGGCGACAAAGGACGAACAAAACAAAGAUUUGACGGCCGUAGAAUUGCCUCAAAGAAUAAGUUUAGAGGUAUGUAG